GAAGGCAAUCAGUCACUUGUAACUGAAUUCAUUCUUUUGGGUUUCUCCAAUCUCUACGAAUUUCAGGUCAUACUAUUUAUGAUUUUCCUUGUAGUAUACUUAAUAACCUUGAUAGGAGGCUCCCUCUUAGUGUUGGUCUCCACUGUCGACCCUGCCCUUCAAACCCCCAUGUACUUUUUCCUCAGGAAUCUCUCCCUUAUGGAUAUUGGCUACACCACUGUCAUCAUCCCCAAAAUGCUCACCAAUUUCCUCUCCAAGGAUAAAAGUAUUUCCUUUGCUGGAUGUGCAGCCCAGAUGUAUUUUGCCUUCUUUGUCGGGUCCGCAGAGUGUUGGAUCCUGACAACGAUGGCUUAUGACAGACAUGCCGCCAUCUGUGAUCCGCUCCACUAUUCACUCAUCAUGAACCGAAGGUUCUGUCUGCAGCUGGCCCUGGCUUCCUGGGUAUCAGGGAUUCCCGUGGCAACAAUACAGACUGCUAUGAUGUUUUCAUUGCCCUUCUGUGGGCCUAAUGUAAUUAACCAUUUCUUCUGUGAUAGCCCUCCUCUCUUAGACCUGGUGUGCACGGACACAUUGGCGCUUGAGAUAUACAGUGUAGCCAUGACUGUUAUCGUCCUGAUGCUCCCCUUUGGAGUGAUUGUUGUGUCUUAUGUCCGCAUCCUCGUCACCAUCCUGAAGAUGUCCUCCGCCGCGGGCCGUCGCAAAGCCUUCUCCACCUGCUCAUCCCAUCUCAUUGUGGUCUCACUGUUCUUUGGGUCUGCGGGUUCGACUUAUUUCCAAGUGAAAGCCUCCUACUCUCCUGAGACCAAGAAGCUGUUUUCUCUCUCCUAUUCAGUCUUCAUUCCCAUGCUAAAUCCCCUGAUCUAUAGUCUGAGGAAUCAAGAGGUGAAAGGUGCCCUGAAGAGAAUUUUGGGUAAAAAGAUAUCUCCCCAGGAUCUGAGAGGCUCUGAUGUGUGA